AUGAGGUCUUCCACACUUGAGAAGCGAUACCUUUCGCUGGCUGAAGCAAUCAUUCUGCUCUUGACGACCGCUGUCGGGAGCUCCACUGCCCUUCCUCAGAGUUCUAACGAUGGCGCGGUGCAAGUUAACAUACCUACUUCGGCCGCAGGCGCUUCUAUUCCCCAUUCUCCUUCAUUCCAGUCCUUCUCCUUCGAGCCUGCCUUCUGGGUAGAGUUCUUUGGAAAUGCUUCCGAGCCGAAUGAGCUCACCUUUGGGCUCCUCUCAAGACUGAUCGAGCGAGGUGCCGAGCCCAUCAUCCGUCCCGGGGGUAUCACUCAGGAUAGCAUGAUAUUCAAUGCUUCUGCGGGUGACCCAGUACGCACAACCAACGCAGCUGGUGGCGUGUAUCGAACUACCGUUGGACCUGAAUACUUCCAAGACCAGAGCUGGGAUAACUUCCCCAAGGGUACAAAAUUCGUGUCGACCCUCAACUUCGGAAAUAACAGCAUCGACAUCGCCCAGGGCAUGGCCGUGGCCUCUGUCCAGUACCAAAAGGACAAGAUUGAGUAUUUCGAGCUCGGGAACGAGCCAACGAAUUACCCGAGCUCAAGGUGGAACUAUAGCACAGACGCCUAUGUUGCUCAAUGGAAGUCUUGGACAGCGCAAAUCGACCAAGCAGUGAACGGAGUAGUGGGCUCAAAUGAAACUGCUUUCGCAAGUGAGCGUUGGUGGGCUUCAUCGGCUACUACCGACCAGACAGGACUUCACGUCAGACCAGCAGACAUCAUCCCCGCUGGUAUUAACUCGGACAACCAGGUCGCCCAGUACUCGAUCCACUCGUACGAAUUCGCCACCUGCGAUCCCGUUCGCGCAGCGCUGGCCACAAUCCCCAACAUUCUCAACCACACUGGCCUCCUGCGCUACGCGGACGAGGAGAUUUACCCCUCCGCAAAAGCAGCUCUGGAUGCCGGAUCUACCUGGGUCAUCGGGGAGUUUAACUCGAUCGCCUGUUCAGGUGCCCCCAACGUUUCGGACACUUUUGCGCAGGCACUGUGGGUCACAGACAUGGAAUUAAUCUACGCCGCGCGGAAUGCGUCUUCUGUUCACCUCCACCAGGGCGCGACGCUGGUCUUUCAGAGCGCCGAUCAGUCCAACAGCGCUGGGGAGAACGGCACACCUGGGUUCUCUACGUACAGCUUCGUCUACCCGCGAAACAGUUCUAAGAGGGGCGAGCCGCGUGCCCUACCCAGCUUUGUGAGCCUCCUCUUUAUUACGGAGGCUCUCGGCGGCUCAGGAGUCCAGAUCAGUGCCCUUGAUACACCCGCAGGCGUCAACAAGGACAGCUUCUCCUCCUACGCCUUUUACGAGGAUGAUGUCCUUAGCAAAAUUGCCUUGAUUAAUAUGAAGCCUUUCUAUAAGAAUUCAACGGAGGACUUCACCGUCACAGUCGAUCUAUCGCAGUAUACGCAAGAUCUGGAGUCUCCGGCCCAGCUUAAGCGGAUGACAGCUCCAUAUGUCGAUGAAGGGAAGACGGAAAAUGUCACUUGGGCAGGGCAGUCUUUCAAGAACGGUGACCCGAUCGGUGAACUCAACAUCGAGGAAAUCGGGCAGGAUGGUCUGGUUGAGGUGAGAGGAAGCGAGGCUGUGCUGAUCUUCCUCAAUGAUAGCUCCGUGUAUGGCUUAUAA